GGGCCGAUGUGCCUGCCGUUGGCACUGGCGACAUGAGCUCCGCCUUGAAGCCCGGGCCCCACGAGAUGUACCAGUUCGCCUCCUACCAGCCGUCGCUUCCACUGCCACGCCAGUUCGACGUCGGCCAGCACGUCUGGUACAAGUCAAGGACAAUCGGCCAGUGGUUGCCAGGGGUUGUGCAGGGCGUCCACGUCGUGACCAGCCCCAGCGGAGCUGCCGAGCUGCGGUACAAGCUAGACGUCCAGUCGGAUGCGGACGCCAGCCGCAUCAUUCCGCGAAUAGAAGGGCAGGUCGUGGCCAGCUUCGACGCCAGCCCCACCGAGACCCUGCUGCCGGCCGCUGCGACGGCCGCCGCGCCGGCGCACGCGCAGCAGGGCCCCGCGCAGGGCGCGGGCCCGCACACGCCGCGGAGGCGGAGCUCGCCGCCGGGCCCGCGGCUCGCUGCCGCAGGGCGAGCACUGGCAGCUCAGCCCCUCUCCCGGCAGGCCCGUCCAGUCCGCCAGCAGCCGCAGACGCCGCUGGCGGCGCAGAGCCCCGCCGUGUGCUCCGCCGUGCAGCUGCCGGGGCUGCACGACAUCCCGCGGGGGGUCCUGACCCACGAGGCUUCCGUGGCGAGUGGCAUCGUGGUGGCGUGCAGGGACGGCGACACGCCCUCCGCCGCCGACGGGUCGCCAACAUUCAGCUCGCAGUCGCCAUGCAGGAGCACCGCGACCAUGGCGACCGUAGCGCCGGCGCCUCGCCAGACCCAGGUCGAGGUCGAGGUGGUCAACGCGAUCUCAGCAGGCAGCGCGGCGCACGCGCCGACCUACGACGCCGGGACAGCCCUCACAUCCAGCUCCUUGGAGGCCUUGUCGGCGUCGUAUUCCAGCAGCACCGUGAAGCAGCGCGGCUGCGGGCCGGAGCUCUGGGGCAUCACCCUGGAGCAGCUCAAGGACCUGACCCGUCACGUGAGGUUCGAGCCUGGGAUGACCACGAGAGACGUUGUGGACAAGAUCGUCAAGGCGGUCGAUUUCGCCCGCGCCGGUUUCGCUGGGGUCGGUUUCGCCCGUGAGGACGACUCCGAUGACGGGGACCUGCCCCCCGACAUGGGGCUGCCCCGGGGCUCAGAGCUCCCAGAUGGAAUUCAGAAGGAGAUCAUCAACGAGGCAGAUCCCGGCAAUUGGAAGAAGCCGAAGUCUGGCGACGAGGUGACGGUCCACUACGUCGGCAAACUGGCGUCCGACGGAUCGGUGUUUGACUCGUCGAGAGACAGGCAGACGCCGUUCGUCUUCACCCUUGGCAGGGGCGACGUGAUCGCAGGCUGGGACAAGGCCCUCGCCACGAUGAAGAAGGGCGAGCUCGCCACAUUCACGAUUUCCCCAGAGUUCGCCUACGGGGCCACAGGCCAGCCGCCCAAGAUCCCGGAGGAUGCCACCCUGAUCUUUGAGAUCGAGCUGCUGUCCUUCGUCGCCAAGGACGACCUCUUCGGGGAUGGCUGCGUGAUCAAGACAGUGUUAGCGGAGGGCACCGGGUGGAAGCACCCUAAGCUCGACGAUGAGGUGAUCAUUGAUGUGCAGGCCACCGCGGCGGCGGGGGGGCCCGCGAAGGACUGGGCCGGUCUGGAGUACAGGCUGGGCUCCAGCGCCCUCGGGUCGCUGGGCAGGGCCUGCGACGCCGCCCUGAAGGGCAUGAAGAAGGGCGAGGAGGCCCUGCUCAGGUGUACCAAAGAUUAUUCAAGUGAAGAUUGGUCCGAUGGCGCGGAGGUGACCAUCAAGCUGCAGGAGAUUUUCGAGACGUGCGACAUCUCCUUCAGGAAAGACGGUGCCGUCCUCAAGAAGCGAACUCGAGAUGGCGAGGGUUACGCCACACCGACUGAGGCUUCGAAGGUGACACUUAGUGUGGAUGACGCGCGGCAAGCUGACGCGCUGGUCCCGGGCUUUGCGAGCCAGGUGCUGGAGUUCACCCUCGGCAGCGGGGAGGUGUGCGACGCGCUCGAGUGCGCGGCCGCGAACAUGAAGAAGCUCGAGCAGGCGACGCUGACCGUGGCGCGCCCAGAGCUGGCCGCGGAGGCCAGACUGGGCCUGAAGGACGUUGGCGCUGGUGGCGAGUCGAUCGUCCUCAAGCUCGAGAUGAAGGAGUUCGAGAAGGGUAAGGAGACGUGGGACAUGUCGGACGAGGAGAAGCUGAAGUUCUGCGACGAGCGCAAGGCCCUGGGGAAUUCGCUCUUCAAGGCGGGCAGGCUGGACCUGGCCCUCGGGCGCUACAAGAAGGUCGGUGAUGUAUUCUCAUACAUCGACAAUUUCCCUGAAGACGUCCAGGCAAAGGCACGGGAAUUGAAGCAGGCAUGCGAGCUGAAUAAGGCGAUGUGCUAUUUGAGAAUGAACGACUAUGACGAGGCCAAGGCUGCCUGCAACAAGGUGUUGAAAGACGACAAAGGCAACGUGAAGGCCCUCUACAGGCGGGCCCAGUGCGAGCACGCGCUCCGCAAUUUCGAGGAGUGCAUCAGGGACUGCAGGCAUGUGGCCGAGGCUGACCCGCAGAACCGGGAGGUCAGGGCCCUGCUGAAGCAGGCCACGGAGGGCCAGAAGGAGGUGAACAGGCAGGCGAAGGGGAUGUACGCGAACAUGGUGAAGGGUUUGGGCAAGAAGUAG